AUGUUAGGUAUCAUCCAGUUCAUCUCCAUCGCCUGUGGUAUCGUCCUUUCAUUUUUCCCGGAUGAAUACGACCGCGCAGUUCAUAAUUGGCUAGAUAGCGCCGACAGCGCAAGUACUGCAAACGACACGCGCUGGCCCACUGAUAUCUCGCGCGAUAUCAUCCCCGUUGGCUGUCACUCUCACAAUGAUUACUGGCGCCGGGUACCACUAUACUCCGCACUGCAAGCAGGAUGCAUAGGCGUCGAAGCCGAUGUCUGGCUCUUUGAUGACGAGCUUUACGUCGGCCACACCAAAUCGUCUCUGACAGAGCGCUUAACCUUGCAAUCCAUGUACAUUGACCCGCUAGUAACUAUCCUCGAGCGCCAGAACCCAACUACCAGAUUCCACCAGCGAGGCGACGGUCCUAUGCACGGCGUCUUUGAAACAGACCCGGCCCAGACCCUAAUCCUCCUAAUCGACUUUAAAACAGCAGGCCCGGCAACCUGGCACGCCGUCACAAAGCACCUCGCACCGCUCCGUGACCGCGGCUACCUAACCCACUUCAACGGUGACGAGGUCAUUCAGCGCCCCAUCACCGUCGUCGGAACGGGAAAUACGCCCUUUGACCUCGUUGCCGCAAAUAUCACCUACCGCGAUAUCUUCUUCGACGCCCCGCUCGAUAAGCUCGUCGACGCCGACCAACCAGAUGAAGCCCAGACAGACGCAGUCCUCUUCCAACGUACAGAUCUCGGCCAAGGCCAAUCUGGCAUGCCAGCUAUUAUCACUGCAUCCACUUUCAACACUUCGAACAGCUUCUAUGCCUCUGUGUCUUUCAAAAAGGCAAUCGGCCGUCCCUGGCCUUUCCACUUCACGCAGACCCAAAUGCGCCGCAUCCGAGACCAGGUGCGCAUUGCACACCAGCAUGGCUUGAAAGUCCGCUACUGGGCACUGCCGAGUUGGCCUCGUAGUCUGCGGAAUCAUAUCUGGCGCGUUCUUGCGCAAGAAGGUGUUGAUAUUCUGAAUGUUGAUGAUCUAAUCAGUGCUACUAAGGGGGACUGGAAUACGCGGGUCUUCGAUUGGUGGCCGUGA